UAGGGUUCUUCCAUUUCCCGUAUCCCGAGUCGAGGGAAUGGAAUUUUGGCACAGGGAACGCAUGGCGUAAGCUGCCGCGCCCGGCCGCCACGGGUGCUAUCGAAAUCCGCGAUGGAAGUCUCCUCCUGCGGCUUCAAUCCGUGCUUGAAUCACAGCCUGCUCGAUUUUGGGCCCAGGAAGGGGCAGCGGUGCCAGGUUCUAGGGCACAGAAAAUGCAGCUCUCGCGCCGUGAGCUCUUCCGGUUCUACCGUGUUUUCGAUCGAUGAGAGAAGGGGCAGGGGAUUCUCCAAACCCCAUUUCUUGUCGUUCGUUGAGCCUGGAGAGAAUUUCACCUCUGCUGUGAUUUUCUCGCGGAGCAAGAAGAGGCGCGCAUUUUCUGGUUCUCUGGUAGUCCGAGCAGCACAGAACCAUUCCAACGAUCCCUCCGACGAGAAAGAAGAAAAGGAAGGCCCGGAGAACUCCUCCGACUCCCAGGGCACAGACUGGCGAGCAUUCCGCGCGAGGCUGAUCGCCAACGAGCGAUCCGUCGAAGAGCAGGACCAGCCCAGCACCUCGGACGCCUCCAAAGCUCCGGAGAACUUCGCAAAGUCUCUUGGGGCUCGCUGGGCUCAUCCCAUCCUCAAGCCCGAGGCCGGCUGCGUGCUCAUCGCCACGGACAAGCUCGACGAGCUCUCCAUCUUCGAGCGGACAGUGAUCAUCCUCCUCAGCGCCGGAUCCAGCAAAGGCAACGAGGGACCCUUCGGCCUCAUCCUCAACCGGCCUCUCCCUCACGUCCUCAAAGACAUCCGGCCACAGGACCAAGCUCUCGCCGAGGCGUUUGGAGAAAGCCAGGUACACUUCGGUGGUCCGCUCGUCUCGGACUUGAUCCUGCUGCUGCAAGGAGCCAGCGCCAGGAAAGGCUACCAGGAAGUAGUUCCAGGGAUCUUCUACAGCUCGGCCGAGGGACUGGAUCAGGCAGUGAGUAUGAUCAAAGACAAGGCCUCCGGCGCCGAGGACUUUAGAUUCUUCUUCGGCUACGCCGGGUGGGCGAUCGGGCAGCUCGAGAGAGAAGUGGAGGAUGGAUACUGGUGCGUUGCGGCGUGUAGCACGAAUCUCUUCAUCUCCGGCUCGGCUGCUAAUCUCUGGGAGGAAGUGUUGAAGCUCAUGGGUGGGCAGUACGCGGAGCUUAGCAAGAAGCCCAAGAAGCGAUGGUUUAAGUGAAGCUCCUUCGUGCCAAUAAGAUGGAUCUCUUCGUCUAGCUCUUCGUCAAGAAGGGAAGCUAAAGAAAGCUCUCCAUUUCGCUGUAAGAGAUAAGUGCAAGUUAAAGUGCCUAAGAA